AAUACUCCACCAACCAAACAAAAAAAAAGCAAAACAAAACCAACCUCACAUUCCCUCAUCCCUUUACUUAGCAAUGGACUAUAGUCAAGAUUUUAGUAUUAAGAGUGACGAUCAACAACGAUAUGAUCCUUUGUGUUGGAACAUGGCAGAAGACACUCUCAAAGGUAGUCACCAUGAUGAAGUCAAGAAAAUGGUGGACGUGUUUAGGAAGCCGGUGAUCCGACUAGGUGGUGGUGAGAUGCUAACAAUAGGUAACGUGGCUGCCAUAGCCACCCGGUCGGGCAUGGAGUCUGUGAAGGUGGAGCUGUCGGAAGCAGCAAGGGCUGGCGUCAAGGCGAGCAGUGAUUGGAUCAUUGAAGGCAUGAAUAAAGGGACUGAUAGUAAUGGUGUUACCACAGGUUUUGGUGCAACAUCACAUAGGAGGACAAAACAAGGUGCAGCUCUACAGAAGGAGCUAAUAAGGUUUUUGAAUGCCGGAGUCUUUGGAAAUGAAAUGAUGUAUAGUCAUACAAAAUUGCCACAAUCCGCCACGCGAUCCGCCAUGCUGGUGAGAAUCAAUACUCUACUUAAAGGGUACUCUGGCAUAAGAUUUGAGAUCUUGGAAACUAUGACAAAAUUUCUCAACAAUAAUAUCACCCCAUGUUUGCCCGUCCACACUUCAUGUAGUGACUUGGUACCACUAUCCUAUAUUGCUGGGCUUUUAAUGGGGAGACCCAACUCUAAAGCUACUAAACCUAACGGAGAACUAUUGAAUGCUGUCCAGGCCUUUCAUGAGGUUGGCAUUGACACUGGAUUCUUUGAGUUGCAGCCUAAGGAAGGAAUAGCCUUGGUGAAUGGCACUUGUGUUGGUUCUGGCUUGGCAUCCAUUGUUCUUUAUGAGACUAACAUUCUUGUUGUCCUUUCUGAAGUUCUAUCAGCAUUUUUUGUUGAAGCAAUGCAUGGACAACAUAUUUUGAAUGGAAGUAAUUCCUAUGUUAUGGAAAUUGAUGAAAAACGUAAUAAACAUGAUUGUUACGUCCUUGGAAAGUCUCCACAUUGGUUAGGUCCUCAAAUAGAGGUGAUUAGAGAAGCAACCACGAUGAUCGAGAGAGAGAUUAACUCGGUUGAUGACAACCCUUUGAUUGAUGUUUCGAGAAAUAAGGCACUACAUGGUGGGAAUUUUCAAGGGAUAUCAAUAGGGGUAUCAAUGGACAACACUAGGCUAGCACUUGCCUCAAUUGGAAAACUUAUAUUUGCACAAUUUUCUGAUCUUGUCAGUAAUGGAUUGCCUUCAAAUCUAUCCGGGAGUCGGAGUUCUAGCUUGGAUUACGGUUUCAAAGGUGCUGAAAUUUCCAUGGCCUCUUACUGUUCUGAACUUCAAUUUCUUGCCAAUCCAGUGACUAACCAUGUCCAAAGUGCUGAGCAACACAAUCAAGAUGUCAAUUCCUUGGCUUUAAUAUCCUCAAGAAAGACAUCUGAGGCAGUGGACAUUUUAAAACUCAUGUCUUCAACUUAUCUAGUAGCACUUUGUCAAGCCAUUGAUUUGAGACACUUGGAAGAAAAUCUCGAAGCCGCGGUGAAGAAUGCAGUGAGCCUAGUAAGCCAAAAUGGAGAGCUUGAUCACCUUUCAAUUAGGUUUUGUGAGAAAGACUUGCUCAAAGUGGUUGAUAGCGAAUAUGUUUUUGCAUAUGCUGAUGACCCUUGUAAUGCUAACUAUCCAUUGAUCCAAAAGUUACGACAAAUUUUGAUGGAUCAUGCUCGUGACGAGGAGAAAAUUUUAAGUAAUUCAAUCUUCCAAAAAAUCAGUGCAUUUGAGGAAGAAUUGAAAGUUGUUUUGUCUGAAGAAAUUGAGAGUGCUAGAUGUGAUUUUGAUAAUUGCAAGUCAUCCAUUCCUAAUAGAAUUAAAGAAUGCAAGUCCUAUCCAUUGUACAAGUUUGUUAGAGAGGAACUAGAGAUUAAUUUCUUGACUGGUGAGAAAGUUAAAUCACCUGGAGAAGAAAUUAACAAGGUAUUAAUAUCCAUGAAUGAAGGUAUGUUGAUAGAUCCAUUACUUAAUUGCUUGAAAGAUUGGAAUGGUGUUCCUCUUCCCUUUUGCUAGAGGGAAAAAGACCAGAAGCAUAUAUUGCAUGUCUUUGCAACAUAGUCCAUAUUUAUGUUACUAUAUUAAUUAUUUAUAUAUAACUAUAAUAAGUGGUAGUCAAUGUUGGU